AUGAACCUCACCAACUGCUCAGUGACCUCCUGUCCAGAACAGAUGAGAGCAUUCACCAGGAAGACAGUUGUGGCAUUGACCCUGUCCGUGAUCAUGCUUCUGGCAACGGUAUUGAACUCGGCAGUGAUAGCUGCUAUUUGCAUCACAAAGAAACUGCACCAGCCCGCCAACUACCUGAUCUGCUCCCUGGCGCUCACAGACCUGCUCGUUGCCAUUUCAGUGAUGCCCGUCAGUAUUCUGUACAUCAGCAUGGAGUCCUGGGUUCUCGGUCACGUCGUCUGCGAAGCCUGGCUAAGCCUCGACAUGACCUUCUGCACAUGCUCGAUCCUUCACCUGUGCGUGAUCGCCCUGGACAGGUACUGGGCCAUUACAGACGCUGUGCAGUACGCAGGGAAAAGGACAGCCAAGCGGGCCGUGGCCAUGAUAGUCACCGUCUGGGUGAUCUCGGUUUGUAUAGCCAUACCGCCGCUGUUUUGGAGAAGCCAUGAUGUUAGUAGAACAAGGCCUCAGUGCAUAAUUAACCACGACCAUGCCAUCUACACCAUUUAUUCCACGUUUGGAGCCUUUUAUGUGCCGCUGGCUUUAAUCCUCAUCCUGUACUAUCGCAUCUACCACGCAGCCAAGACCCUUUACCAGAAGCGUGGCUCCAGCCGACACUUCAGCCAUCGCACUGCUGGGAGCCGGUCGCCCAGCUACACCAGCUGCAAGCUGGCGCACACCUUCUGUGUGUCCGGCGCGCCUAGCACUGAGCCCGGGCUGGAGAGCACCCGCAGCCAGCUGGCGGUCAAAACGGCGGACAGUGAGAACGGGCGGGGGAGUGGCGAGGAGCCGCCGCAGAUCUCCAGUGGCAGGGAGCGGAGAGCAGCGCGCGUCCUGGGACUCAUCCUGGGGGCGUUCAUCGUCUGCUGGUUGCCCUUCUUCGUUAAAGAGCUGCUCGCGGGGGUGAAGCUCUGGGUGGUCUCACGGAAGGCGGCUGACAUCCUGACUUGGCUGGGUUAUGUUAACUCGCUGAUUAAUCCCCUCCUCUACACCAGCUUCAACGAGGAUUUCAAAUUAGCCUUCCGCAAGUUUACUAGCUGCAGAAAGCACAGUUAA